AUGUCUAAAGCAAUUUACAUAUCCCCGAUUGACGGCAAGCCGGGCAAGCCAGGCCAAGUCUACUACCCGCUCUCCCUUCGCACCGUGCCCAAGCCUUCCCCGCAAGGGGGUGAGCUACUGGUGAAACUGACUGCUGCGGCGCUGAACCACCGCGACGUCUUCCUCCGCCAACACCUCUACCCCGGCCUGAGCUUUGAUGUGCCUCUGCUUUCAGACGGAGUCGGUACCGUUGUCGGCACUGGCCCGAACGUCCCCGAUUCAGAAAAAUGGCAAGGCAAGCGGGUGAUCUUGACCCCCAGUGUUGGCUGGAAGGAUUCGCCUGACGGGCCGGAGGAUGCAAGUGGAAAUCGAAUUAUGGGAGGCACCAAGUUUUAUGAUAAAGGGACAUUGCAGGAAUAUAUUACUAUCGAGUACUCAGAAGUCGAGGAGGCCCCUGAGCAUCUCUCUGAUGCCGAGGCUGCGGCUCUGCCCCUGACGGGCUUGACAGGCUGGAGAGCUCUGAUUACCAAGGCUGGUGAGAAGAACUCUGGAGAUGGUGCUGCUGUCUUGAUUACUGGCAUUGGUGGCGGUGUGGCUCUGAUGGUGUUGCGGUUUGCGGUUGCCAGAGGUGCGCAUGUAUUUGUGACGAGUUCGAGCCAGGAGAAGAUCCAGAAGGCCGUUGAGCUAGGUGCGACCGGUGGUAUUAGUUAUAAGGAAGAUAGUUGGGAAAAGAAGCUGUUGGGUAUGCUCCCAGCUGGGAAGAAGAACUUCGAUGCCGUCAUUGAUGGUGCCGGUGGUGAUUCUAUUGAGAAAUCUGUCAAGUUGCUCAAGGCUGGUGGUGUCCUCUCUAUAUAUGGAAUGACAGUGUCUCCCAAGAUGACAUUUACGAUGUCUGCUGUCCUCAAGAAUAUUGACGUCCGCGGAUCCACGAUGGGCUCCCGAAAGGAGUUUAAAGAGAUGAUUGACUUCAUCAAUGCUAAUAAGAUCCGCCCUGUGGUGUCGCGAGUUCUGCAGACUGAGCUAGAUGACUUGGCCGCAAUCAACGAGCUGUUUGAAGACAUGAAGAAGGGCACACAGUUCGGAAAACUGGUGGUUGAGUUUGGCAAGUCUACGGGCAGUAAGCUGUGA